AUGGGCGCGUCCAUAUCCAAGGCCAUGGCCAAGAUCUUCGGAUCAAAGGAGAUGCGGCUGCUGAUGCUGGGCCUCGACGCCGCUGGAAAGACGACCAUCCUUUACAAGCUCAAGCUUGACCAAGAUGUCACCACUAUCCCCACUGUCGGCUUCAACGUCGAGACCGUCACAUAUAAGAAUACCAAGUUCAACGUCUGGGACGUCGGCGGCCAAGACAAGAUCCGCCCGCUGUGGAGGCAUUAUUUCUCUGGUAUGUUGGGCCGUCACGGCACCGUUCCGGGUAGGCGAGUAAACAUGCGAACCCAGGGACUCAUCUUCGUCAUCGACUCCAACGACCGCGCCCGUAUCGAGGAGGCAAAGACCGAACUCACUCGCAUCAUCCAGGACAGGGAAAUGAAGGACGCACUGUUGCUGGUAUUCGCCAACAAGCAGGACUUGAGCGGAGCAAUGCGACCCAAGGAAGUAUCCGAUCUCCUACAAUUAGACAAGAUUGCCAAAGACCACGUAUGGAAAGUAGAGCCCAGCUGUGCGACAACAGGCGAGGGUAUUUUCGAGGGACUGGCAUGGCUCUCCAACAACGUAAAGCUGCCACCGGGCGCCAAGUAG